GUCCUAAUAGAACCGACAAGUGGAAACACUGGUAUCGGCCUGGCAUUUAUGGCUGCUGCUAAAGGCUACAAUCUGAUCAUUACAAUGCCUGCUUCUAUGACUCUCGAGAGAAGAAUCAUUCUUCGCGCUUUUGGUGCUGAGUUAGUCCUCACUGAUCCUGCAAAGGGAAUGAAAGGAGCUGUUUCUAAGGCUGAAGAGAUAAAGGCCAAGACACCUAACUCCUAUAUUCUUCAGCAAUUUGAAAACCCUGCCAAUCCAAAGAUACACUAUGAAACCACUGGUCCUGAGAUAUGGAAAGGCUCGAACGGGAAUAUUGAUGCUUUUGUCUCUGGAAUUGGAACUGGAGGCACGAUAACAGGCGCAGGCAAAUAUCUAAGAGAGAAGAAUCCUAACAUAAAGCUUUACGGUAUUGAACCAGUUGAAAGUCCUGUUCUUUCUGGAGGAAAACCUGGUCCACAUAAGAUACAGGGAAUUGGUGCUGGUUUCGUUCCUGGCGUGCUGGAAGUUAAUCUUAUUGACGAAGUUAUUCAAGUUUCAAGUGAUGAAGCCAUAGAAACUGCAAAACUUCUUGCAUUGAAAGAAAGAUUGCUGGCAGGAAUAUCAUCUGGUGCUGCGGCAGCAGCAGCAAUUAAAAUUGCAAAGCGGCCAGAGAAUGCUGGAAAACUAAUCGUUGUUAUUUUCCCGAGCUUUGGGGAACGUUAUCUCUCCUCGGUGCUGUUCGAAUCUGUUAGGCGUGAAGCAGAAAACAUGACUUUUGAGCCCUGAACUUGGUAGUCCUUACAUUUAUCUUUAGCUUCAUGUCAGAUCACUCAGAUGAUACAAAUGAAGAUAAUAGUCCUUACUAAUACCUUGUUGGAUACAUAUUUUCAACCUUGUGUAUAACUAAUACUUGUAUUAGUUAGACAUCAUACUUGGUAUUAUCCUAUGUAUAAGUAA